CAGCUUUGAGUGAUAAUAUUUAAUAAUGUUAGUUUUUUUUGACGUCGUCGCUAGAUGGUGUCGCGAACGCGAAAAAAAAAAAAAGAAAAGUAGCGGCUGACGCAGUUUCAAAAUGUCGUCCCAUCGCGCCGUCUGCGUUGGUUCUCGGGUGUCUGAUCGUCAAAAGGAGCUUCUGCUGGCUUUUGUGAGAGAGCAUCCACAGAUCGCGACGCUGUCGUGCCCGCUGAAGCCGUCGUUCACGAGGGAGGACCGGGACGACAUGUGGCAGGAGCUGGUAGCGCUUUUGAACGAAGUCCCUGCGCGUAACACCACAGCCUUGCCAAACUCCGAGAGCAGCAGAGAUGGUUCCCCCAGAUCAGAGCCUGCAAGCAUGUGCACUAUCUGGGGACUUCCGUCGCCUGCACCGCCAAGGUUCUUGGUCGGGAACAACUUCCGCGGCUUGCAGGUGAGCCCUGCUCCAGCUGCUGCUGGUGUGGCUGAAGAGGAUGUGGCCCAGGACCUUCCCCGUGCCACAACUCCUCAUGCCGCAGCUGCGAGAUGGGGGCAACCGGCAGGCCGAGGCACUGGAGUUACUAGCCGCAAACACCAGGCGGCAGGGCCAGGCAUCAUUGGAAAGCUGCGCCAGGUUCAACUUCUCGGUGACGCGGUCCACAAAUUGCAAGGCGUUGGUACCCUCGCCUGGGCCCUCACUGCAGCGGAAGCCACCUGCACAGUGAUUUGUAAAGACUAGUUGUACAUAUAUGUAGAUUUAUUUUUGUUCACACCACGAGUUGUGAUACGCUGGUUUGCUUCAAUGGUGCCCUGCAAUUUUUUUUCAGUUAAUUUUCUUUUUCUGCAUAUCAGAAGCACUGAUGUGCUGUUUCAUUGUACAUAACACAGUGUAGCUCAGUGGUAAAUCGUGUCCUGCAAUGUCAUUUUUUAAAAUCUCAUAUGAAUUAAUGCAUUCAGCAAGUUUGUAGUAUAUGCACAUAGUGCACUGUAGUGUAUCUUUAUGUCUAUAGUGUAUACGUGUAGAAUACUCGAUUUUUACAUAUCCUAGAAAAAAAGAAGAGCGUUUGUGCAUGGUCUAGGUUGCACAAUAAUUUGGAAAUAUUGCAAGACCAAAAUAUAGUUGACGAACACGUGUUCUGUUGCUUAGAAAUGUUUAGACAACAUGAUUGGGUACAAACAGAAAUUAAUAAUAGAGGAAGAAAUAUCAGCAACCAACAACUUGCAUUUUCUUAGCGAGUUCGAUUAGUACCGGUUCGACUGUGCCUUGUUUUCAUGUACUACAAUGACUUUUGUGCUGCGAGACGCGUAUGAUGAUGCAGAGGAGCAGCAGGCACUUUGUAACAAUUCCAUUUGUAUAUUAUAAAAGGACGCUACUUUUAUGUUCUUUUCCUUGGCAUUAAAUUUAAGGGAUAUUUAUUUACUCUGCUUUUUAUGUGCAUUGCUCGCGAUACUUGUAAUAAAAUUUCACUUCUUACACCA